AUGGCGCUUCACUACCAAGAUGUCUCCUUAAAAGCGCGAAGGCGUACAAGGUUAGAAUCUAUUGUUAUUGGGGCGCUGAUAACAGGCGGUAUCGCUUGUCUUGUCGCUGGAAUUGUACUCAUGGUAAGGGCAAAUACGAAAAAGGACACAUUGCAGUGCCCACCACUUAAAGUUGCUCGAGCAAUUAACCUUGAUUGUGGAUACUCAGCAGAAGCUAGACGCUCGGGGCUAGAAAGGUUUUUGCUCGAAGCGCAAGAAAAAUUUUAUGAGCUUUUACCGCACAAGAUCGCUUUUAAGCCGGGCGUGACCCCAAAUGAAAUCCGGCAACGUUACAGAAGCUACGAUUCAACUCCGGCGCGAAUCAAAUUUGUCACAGAUGAGAUUGUCAAGCUGACCAAACGACUCGAAAACAUGGAUAUCAAAGAGAACAAACUGAAUCUGCGAGAAAAGCGUGCCAAGGCUCAGUUAUCCCAUUGGAUGAGGCAUAUGUUUCCCUAUGGCGUCCCUUUCGCUUAUGAUUACUAUUCUGGCGACUGGCUGAUGGGCCCAAAUAUUUUCUGCUGGUCUUCAAUUUGCUUUUUGCCUCUGGACGUCGACAAAGCUCUGCCUCAUUUUCAGCCUUCGACGGUGGAGGAAAUGGAGACUGUUAGAGAAAAACUGAUGGAAAUCAACGAGACAUUUGCACAGUUCGUUGAAAACAUGAAGUUGGGGGUUGCAAGUGGAAUGGUUCGUACCGUUGAAGAAUGCAAGGCAGGUUUUGACGGACUGAGAGGAGCGUUCAGGGAUAUCGAUAUUAAAGGACCAUCAGGUAAGGGGAAUAAGUAUUUACCCUAGUUAACAUGAUUAAAUAAUUGUCAUAUAUGCUACUUAUCGUUUAUUAUUGGCCAUUGAGGGCAACACGAGUGAUAUAACCGAAAAAGACUGAAUUAAGGAAGAACGCCUUCGUUCGCAAAAAAAAAAAAAACAACAACAACGACAACAACAAAAAAACAUCUAUAAGGUUAUAGUUAUAGAUUUGUUGGAACUUGCACGACGAUAUGUUAUGAGAUGGACGUGGGGCAAGCAAACAGCCAUUCUUCGGCAGGGUGAUAUACUUAUCUACAUUUCCAAACGAGCUUUCCCCUUAUAGUACGGUAGCAUAAAUAUUUGCUUUUCACUUAACGCAGUCACUUUUGAGGAUGUUAUUUCAGUUUUGCUUCUGCAGUUUUGAUACAAAGUUGUGCAGUCAGAAAAAAAUACUGCUUUUUCUCCUCUUCUUUUUGCAAUAAGCAAUCGUUUAUUUUACCGAUAUCUACUGAUUAUCCCGCACAAUUCGAAUUAUUAGUUAGUCUAAGAGCUACAAGUAGCCGAAAACAAAUUAUAAGAUUCUUUAUUAUCAAGUUCCCCCGGUGAGUGUUCUGAAUGAUCAAGGCAGGAAAAAAUACAAGUGACGAUGAUUUGAAUGUUUAAUAAGGGGUAAAGUUGACUUAGCAUAUUAAUGUAACGUCAACUACUGUAGUUUUUUGAGAAGAUAUUGCCAGAACUUAUUCCUUAUUUUGAGUUCCUUAAUUUAUGUUUUUUUCAGUUAACGAUUUUUUUUCUACAAAAUAAAGAACAGGUGAAUACGUUUACUUUUACUAACCAUUCAGUUAAAGCACAGGGACCUUUUUUGAGGUUCAAUGUUUCAGUUACACAAAGUGCAAAAGCUUAAUCUUGGUCUGCGUAAUUCAGAUCCUGCGCAAAGCAUUGUUCAACAAAUUUGUUUGUUCUGCACAGUUCAAUGCAAGAGAGGAUAAUGUCUCUCUAGGAAAUAUCAUAGCAAGGGUUUAUAUGUGGAAAAUAAGAAAGGGAACGGACAUUUCUUAUCUUUAGCAGUGAGAUAAGAAUUGAAUGAUAAAGGGGGAAAGACAGAACCAAAAAAUGAAAUUAUUUUACUUAUCAAAAUAUUUUCUUUCACUGAAGAGGAAUCAUGGGCUAUUCACUAGGAAAUGAGGAACAAUGUUGCAGGAAAUAUUAAUUGAAUAAUGUCAACUCAGUAGCAAUAAUGAUAUUGAAGGACUACAAUUGAACAGCUGCCUGCGGCCUGGAGUAUACUGUACGUCCGGUUUGCACUUUAGUUCACAAACAAAGUGAAGUAAUAAAGCAACACUGAAAUGCAUUCAUGAAUUGUUUUACCGUUGUAAAAAGUUGUUUUCGCACUGUUAGUCAGUCUCAGCAGUUUCUUAUUAUUAAAAGUACGAGUAUAAGGAAAAGGAAGUGCCCUUUGAACAAUAGAAGUCAUAUAAAAAAUUGACAUCUUCCGAAUGUAAGUAGUAUUGACCACAGAGAGAACAAUUUUUUUCACCACCUUCGUACAUCAUGAGAGUCAGUCAAGUUCAUUGUUUAAUCCGUUCAUAAAAAUUGUCAAGCAAAUAAAUUCUCUCUUUUUGUGAAAUUUAGCCAUCUGAAACGGUCACCGCAAAUUGACACCUGGCAAUGGGUUCAUCUGAUUAACUAAAAAGUAUUUUCGCGUUUGACUGGCAGAAUCAAGGUAAACCCGGGCGCUGAAGUAAAAAGUAUAAAUAUAUAGUUUCUGUGCAUACUUUAUUAAUCUUCCUAUCAAAAUAAUAUUUUGCGUGUAACACUUAAUAGUGACGUAACAUGUAAUCAUUUUUAUGAGCAGACUUUGAGGGUGAUAACGUCACAUUUUUAUCUCAACUGUUUAUUCGAAUGAAGAACGUUGGUCAAUUGGAAAUCACUCUAACACCUGAGCUUUGCGUCUUUGUGCAAAAAAAGAAAUAUGUAUUUAAAAAAUGGUUACAAGAAAAACCUUUUAAAAAUACGUUAUGUGAUUUUGCGAGAGAUGAACUAAAUUGGAACUGAUUUGCACUUUUCAAAUUGCAGCACUACUUAUAACCUCUGUCUGUCUCCGCCCCGCCCAGGAUAUAGUUCGACCUUCUUGGCCACGCAUCUCACCUUCGCUUAUAUGGCCUAUUAUAAUGAAAUGGUACCCGUGUUAAAAAAUAAAUAUUCUACCAUGUAUUUUUGUCAUGAGGUAUUUUAAGGGUCUAAGGGCCUCUCCACUUGAGCCCUGAACAUGAGAUCUCAGAAGGCGGGCCAGCCAGAUCAACCAGGCUCGUGUUAAGAAGCCUAAGUUAAGUUUCCAAACCUUUGGCAAAAAAUAAGACAGCGUAAUUAUAAAGUCAACCAACUACUACAGCAGCAACAAUCUUUAUUGUACCAUCAGUAAGAUUUUUUUACAAAAAAAUUAAAGGAAUAACUUAAGUAUAAUAAAUAAUACUAUUAUGACGUGCCUGUCCACUCAUCUCCACCCUAGGUAAGAAAUGUGAGGCUCUGUGAGGAUCUUCUGAGGGCGUUUCCCGAUGUGUAGUCUAUAUCGGAAAUGUAUAAAUAUUGGAGUCAUAGAAAAGAGUUGAGAAAGCCUUUAAAAUUUGUAAUGUAACUCGUGCCAUCUUAAACUCACAGGAAUACUUGACGCUUACUUCAUGAAGAAAAUUCUCGCCGAUGAUUUUCUGUCCUUGAUGAAGGAAAAAGAAUUAGACAUGUGGAUAAUGGCACAUGGCAAAUCAGUGAACGAGUCGUUGAAGCAGUGGGUCAUUGAGUACGUUGGUAAACCCAUUCAUCACGUUUUGAGGUAAGUUGAUAAGAAGGAAGAUACUGUCUUCUUCUAAGUAAUUGUAUGCAACGGAAAUGAUUUCGAGCUUGAAGUUGAUGUUGCUGUCACCUGGAGGCCCAAUUGUUCAAAGGCCGAUUAGAGCUAGCCUGGGGAUAUUUUUACGGGUGGUUAGGGCCCAUUGGAAUUUCAUCUCAACGAAACUGUUAACUGCUUUCAGGUACCAUAUGAUGCUUUAUGCUUGCGGUAACUGGGUUGGGAUUGCGAAGCAGUCACGGCAAUGAAAUGAGAGUUGUGGAUCCCCUAAAUUAAUAGGGAUACUUUCUUGGAUCCGAUAAGCCCUGCGAAAAUCGCACUAAGAAAGAAAAGAGAGGGAAAAAAUAGAUAGAGCGAGCAGGAGAAAGAAAGAAUAAAAAAGAAAUAAACAGUAGUAGCACUCUUACAAGGUAGUUAUUAUCUUAGCUACUUUGAACAUUUUGAACAAAAAAAAACUGCUUUACGGGAGAGGUCUAUUUUAGCAGUGGCGUUGUUAUUUAAAAUCGAGCUAGAUAUAAAAUAACAGUAUAAAACCGAUUCUCAGUUCUCUUAUAUUCUAGGUACGUCGAAAAGGAACAUUCACAGUAUUGCGUCCCAAGUAACAUAUCUAGCGGUUUAGCCACAUUACCGUUGGACUAUGUUUACAUUCACGGCAAAAAGACCAGUCAAAAGACAUCAAAACGUCUCCCCACAGGCGAAAAACUCAACGGGAAGACAACUUAUCUAAAGCUUCUGCAAUACUUUACCACUACCGAGAAGACCCCCGAUGAAAUCUACCGACUAGGUUGGUCAAUCAUAAAUCGAAGUUAUCCAGAGGUAAGGAAUUAACCAUACCCCAAUAUAAUUUUAUAAGUAGAUUUUAGUAUUGAGACCUAUUGAGAAUACUGUAAAAUAUGAUGAACAUACAGCACGUCGGUAAAUAAUUAUAUACCAUCAUUCUGAUCCUUGUCAUCAUCAUCAUCUUCAUGACCACAGGGGCUCCAAGGGCUAAUUAUCAUCAUCUUUGCCGUGGUCAUCAUCAUCAUCAUCAUCAUCAUCAUCAUCGUCAUCGUCAUCGUCAUCGUCAUCGUCAUCGUCAUCGUCAUCGUCAUCGUCAUCGUCAUCGUCAUCGUCAUCGUCAUCGUCAUCGUCAUCGUCAUCGUCAUCGUCAUCGUCAUCGUCAUCGUCAUCGUCAUCAUCAUCAUCGUCGUAGUCAUCGUCAUCGUCAUCAUCUUUAACAUUAUCUUUGCCAUGAUCAUCAUUAUCAUCAUCACCGUACCAUCAUCAUCAUCAACAUCACACCACCACCACCACUACCACUACCAUCAUCAUCAUCGUCUUCACCAUUAUCGUCGUUUAACAUCAUCCCCAUCAUCCUAAUCAUGGUCUUCAUCACUCCUGUCACUGAGAAAUGUUAUCAUCAUCAUCAUCAUCAUCUCAUCAGUUGUUUUAUUUAGUAAUUAUAUAAGGAAAAUGUUCAUCUGACAGUGUAACAUUCUCUCUUUUUUAUAAGGUUCUAAACUUGACGCGACACGUCACCCUUGAAAACAAUACUCAAACUGCAAAGGAAAAGUUCAUUAAAAUAUUGAACCGAUCAGAAAUGUUUUAUAACGAGCAAGAAAUUCCAGUGAGUGAAUCCAAUGAAAGUGCCUACAAGUUGUGCAGUUCAAUUAGUGGUGCAAAGAAGUACUGCCCAAUCCGCUGGAAUGCCAUGCAAAAUUGGUUUGCGCAUGCUCGAGAGGUAAAAUCUCUAGGAUAACUAAGGUGUCGAUAAAAGACAUAAAAGGGAGUGAUUAACUCAGUCAACUCUGAAACCAAAUCUAUGUCAACACAUUUGUACAGACCAGUAGAUAUUAAGACACGAUUUAAAGCGUUUUCUUCCGGAAAAGUCGAAGGUAGUGUGUUAAAUGAAAAGGAGCAAAUCUAAGUAAACUAAAUGUUAUCGGAAUGUCGAAAAUAUUAUUCGAGUUUGGUUUGUGUUUUUUUUAGUCUUUCUCCCCCUCAAAAAGGAAACGCCAUGACAGCGUACAGUGUAGAAGAUCGUACCCCGGGUCAUGUAUCCCUGGUUGGCUAUAUGUUACUCAUUCUAAUUUUCAGUGUUAUGUUGGUUAUAAGAAGCAUCUUGUACGUGGGGCGAGCCUUUGCCCUAUUUAUAUGUAAAAAAAGGUUAAGGCAGGUACGAGCCAAAGGUUCAAACGGCCGAAGCUUACCUGGUUUCCUUAGCAUGAAGCAUGCCUAGGAGUAUUCUCCUCCCUAGACGGUACGCUAGUCCAUCGCAGGGUUAACUCCCCACCCCUUCCCUGCCCCCAAGCAGUAUGUCGCCGUUACCCAGUUAUACACCUGGCCCUGGUUGUUCAAAUGUUGGAUAGCGCUAUCCACCGGAUAAAUCAAUAUGCAGCGGAUGAGUAUUUGGGAAAACAACUGCGUUAUCCAUGCUGGAUAGAUUUUUAUCCUGUGGAUAGUGCUAUCCAACGGUUGAACUACUAAGCCUUGGGUGAAAGGAGACAAAGUGGAGUAAAAAUUCUUGUCUAAGGAGAAAAAACGACGGACGAGAUUUGAACUCCAGUCCUCCAGAUCUGGAGUUCGAGGUGUUAGCGGCUCGUUCACACGCGCCUCCACUUUUUAUCUGUUGCCUUGACAAAAUUGUUCUCCUAAGAGGAGGAUGGCUUAACAAAACGUUCAAAAGUACACCUCUCGAUGAAAGGAAAUUACUUCUUUAUUAGGCAUAGCAAGCUUCACAACACAUCGUUAUGAAUUGACAUAACGAUAAGGUUUUUGAACGCUGAGUAAAUUUUUCUCCCUCCUGCCUCUGAGGAGCUUGUCUAAAUACCACACAGCUUAAGAAAAAAGAAAUGUCUUUUUAUAACUGACUCUGAUUGUGGUUCAUUUUAUAGAUUAUGGCCACACUUGACCCGAAGACCAUUGAUAUGUUUCAUUUUACUGGCUCGUACCAGUCCACUCCAAACUGUCCUGUUGAGCUCAUUCCAAACUUCAAUCCAUCUUCUGCUGCACCAACCUUUCAAGAAAGUGACUCUGUUUGCUCCAAGCCUCCAGUGUAUACUAUACCAUUCUUUAUGCAAAGACCUGGGCCCAAGAAUGAGGAAUGGACCAUAAACGCUCACGAGGCGAGGCCAGGACACUACACACAGGUGGGUUAAAUAAAAAAUAUAUAUAUUUCCUAGUUUCCUCUCAUUUCCUCUCUGUUCUCGAAACUUUAUUGAGGAAAUUAAUUUGUCUCUUGCACAAAGGAAACGUAUUUGUUUUUUUUGGCUCUGAUUUCGCGGUUGUACUUCUGAAAAGAUAGCUGAAUGCUCGGUUCACUGCAAAGUGUUAUUACUGUAAUUGAACUCUAUGCAUUCAGACUUGUAUUUUUCGGACACCCUCGGAAUCCUCGCUAUAGUGACUGCUUUUCUAACCAACAAUCCUGAUCAUUUCCAGCAACGUAAAAUUAGGACAAGAGACAUUUAAAUUUUUAAUUUAUUUUAGAGCCAAGGAUAUGUAGAGCACUUUCAGGACAGCUGUUUGGACCCUAUUUCGUGGAUUCAGCGUAACACCUUUUUCCUGGAGUUUUCUGAAGGAUGGGCUCUUUACGCCGAAAGUCCGCUGAUAUCAAAAUACACGGACACCUACGAUGAUGAUCCGCUGACCAAGUAUGGCAUGCUGAAGUGGCAGGUAUUGCAUUUUCAUUAAUAUCUACCUUAGUUAGGAAGGGCAACGAACUUAUUGCCUCUUCAUUUAACUUGCGCUACAAAACGUUAAUUCUUCUAACGUUGAGUUUGUGAGAAACCCAAAUAAAGGCAGUUAAGUUGGGUACGAUUUUGCCCCUUGACGGGGGUGCCUCACGCUAUUUGCCAUCUUUUUAAAAAACUACAUUGUACGUCGCAUCAGCAAGGAUGGACAUGGAUUAUAACUUAAAAAAAAAUUGGGCCGACGUUUUCAAGUUUUAAUGUUAUACCUGAGAAAACGACCGAAAAAACUAUUAUUGUUAAAUACUCCCUGAUUAAAUAAUUAUGUUGAAUGGCUUCUUCUUGAAUAAACAGGAGCAUUUUUUUGUAUAGGUAAAUGUACUAAGUAAUGACUUCAGAACAUAAUUGACCUAAAACACUCUCUAAAACAGCGAUAUUCUCAGUAUAUAGCUCCUACGUACCUCUCAACCUUUCUUAGAAGACUUUUGUUGCUUUUGCCUCUUUUAAUGUGUGUAUAUAUCUUUAUGAUAGAGUGAUAUUAAUUAUUGUAUUUAUUAUUAUAUCAAUAGCUUCAUAUUUUUUCAAUCGCUUCAGAUUUGGCGCGCCUUGCGGUUAAUAGUCGACACGGGACUGCAUUUCAAAGGCAAGUCACGUGACUGGGCUUUACAGAUUUUUGCCGAUUAUGCUUGGGACACUAGUGACAAAGUCGUUAAAGAAGUGACACGCUAUCAAAGCAUCCCGGGACAGGCUGUGACGUACACGCUUGGGCAACUGUCAAUCAUGGAGCUAAGAGAAGAAGCAGAAAAAGCACUGGGAACAAAAUUCAAUUCCAAGGACUUUCACUUUCAGGUUAAUUUUAAUUUACUUUUAGAGAGACGCUGUGACGUCGUUUCUAGUUUCCAAUGACCCCAGAGUAUGGUGAACGUGAAUUAUUGCUCGUUAAAAACGAGUUCAGAAAUAAAAACGCGUCAUGGAUUGAUUAAAAAUGUUAGGUUUCGUAUAGUUCAUCGAACAGUCUUGGUUUAAGAUUUAUCUUUAAAACUAAAUAUCAACACGAACUGAAAGAGCAGUUCAAAAAAAUGUAACCUUUAAAUUUUCAGGCGAAAAUUAGAAGGAUUUGUGUGGAAAAACAACUCUCCACCAAGUCACGCUUAAGUGGUUUUCCAUACAAAUCCUUGUAAAUUUCAAUUUUUCAAACUGUGGUAACACCUUUCCUUAAGAAUUACGGGGAUCCAGUCUCCUUUUUAUUCGUAACGGGUAGUUUGAGUCCUUAAAUGCGAAAAGGAAAGAGCUUACGUUAGUUGAGAAAUUUCAAAAUUUCCAAGGAUUUGUACCGAAAACCACUGAAGCGUGACAGGGUGACAAGAGCUGUUUUUCUCAUACAAAUCCUUCUAAUUUUCGGCGGCCCUUGUAAACGCUACUUUUGAGCUAUAUUGCUGAAAAUUAACAGGUUACCUAAUUUUUUUUCAGGUCCUGCUAACAAAAUUUUCCAAAAGCGAACUAUUUUCGUGUUUACAGAAAGUUGACCCCGUGAUCAACUAGUGCAUAAGGCCUAUUGAUUAACUAAAAAAAUAGUUAAAAAAUAUCCACUGAAUAACUGCUCUUCCUUUAUUUUACUUCAUGUAUAGUUUCUCCUUUGUAUCUCUAUCUAUUUAGGUGUUAAGGCGUGGUCCUUCUCCUCUGAAGUAUCUCAAAGAUAGCAUUCGGAAGUAUAUAAGCUGUGUACAAAAUGCCUUGAGUCAUCCAGAUUGUGAUGAAAUUCUGCGAGCUCCAGCGAAACAGGGCAGUAUGCUGAGUAAGCAGAAUGUUGAGCAGGAGGUUCAGCAUUAUCAUCAUUCCUUCAAAGUAUUUUAA